AUGCAGGAAGAAGGCGUGGCAAUUAUUCUGAAAGGAGUGGAGAAGGCGACACAGCUUCUCUCUGGUACAGGAGUAGCCAUCACAUCUUCAGAUGACUUUCCCCGAGUUUCGUUGGCAGAUGUCGAGGCCUUAAACCAAAUAAUGGAAGAGCUUCAACGUGUCGUCGCAUCUUUCAGCUCACAACGUGUACUGGAGAUAUCAGAGUCACAGCUGAUGCAAGCAGGAGUGGAGCUAUACAACGCGCCUCGAUCUGCUCUGCGAGUUUUGGCGCAGGUGGAGAAGAACAAGAAGCGAGAAGCCGGAGAAUUGACGAGCUUUCCACGAUAUUUAUUGGCAAUCACGCGGUUUGUAGCUGCAAAGAUCAUGGGAUUGUCGCUCAUUUGCUGCAAAGAUGGCGACCGAAAAAGUAUGCAGUAUAUGGAGGAAUGUGUCGACGUGUUACGCUCGCAUGGUCGAGUUGGGAUGUUAAUGUUGGAGAGCGCUUCAGCUGACUGUGGGAAGUGCGAAGAGUAUCUGGCGCUGGCGAAUGAGUCAUUUCGUUCUUCGAUGCAGCUUUGGUCUCGCAUUGGUCUCUCCCAUCUUACGAAAUUCAAGCAAGGUUUGGAGUUAGAGGAUACUGUGGAUGAUUUGUGGGACUUUUGCGUGGACCAUGUACGAGUGCUGCAGUUGCUUGCAGAGCGCUCUACCAAUUCGUCGGAAGAAUUUCGAGAAAUCGUGUCUCUACUUCACGAGCUGAAGAUGUUCGUCCCAUACAAAAUCUCGUACGCAAAUAGCUUACUUGAUCUCAUGACGAGCGUGAGCGAUGGAUACAGUAAAGAAGCCCAUCACAAGUUGCAGAUUUCAUUCGUGGAAGAAGCGCUUCGUGUUUGUGACUCACUCGAGAAUGAUGGAGAUGAAAGUUUUCCGGAGCUAAUUGUCGCGUUCAAAAAACAUAUACUGGUGAAUUUGCUGCAGUCUCUUUGCGCGACCGGAGACAUUGAGCGAGCAGAAGCAUGCUACCUGCUCAUUCCAUCUAGCCGAGAGCCCAAAAUAUUGCUGCUUAUGACCAAGCUCUACGUCGACAACAAGCAGUUUGAUAAAGCACGCCGAUUGCUUUUGCUUCUGUUUGAACAGGAUAGUCUCGAUGACUCCAUUUUAGGAGCCCGUAUUUAUGCUCAAGGGCUGUCCUUCUCAGACAAAGGAUUGGACAUUUAUCGGGUGCUAAUCGACAACUACGGAGAUGCCGAAUUCGUCAUCAAUCUGGAUAUUGCAUGCAGCCUUGCUUUUGAUGAGAGUAAACGAUACCAAGCAAUGAGCGAGCUUAAGCGCAUUGGGUGUGUGCUGCUGGAAAAGGAACGGGAUGGAGUGGCUGUUGAUACCAGACACAUCCUGCGGGUUCGACAGACCAUAUUUGAUGCUCUUCAGCAUGCACUGAAUUCCAGCCAGCAUGAGGAUUGCUUGAAAUGGGCAGAUGCUGGUCUCGCAGCGGCUUCAACAGCACAGGACAAAGCGACGUACUUGAGGAUCACAUCGCGCUCAUGCCUCCAAUUGGGCCGCAACUCUGAAGCACUCAAGUGGGCGGAGAAGGCUUUUGCUACAGAGCCUUCGAAGCAGUCGUUGUUUACUGUAUUCCAAGUAACACUUGAAGCAAAACCAGAGGCCACAGAAGAAGAGCUGGUGCAUUUUAUACACCAGCUAAAGACCAGAGACGAUUUCGAGAUUGAGGACUUGCUAGCAAUGGGAAAGCUGGCUAGUAAUUUUGACUCAUCGAGGCAAGAUUUUGUAAUGCACAUUCUGGACGAGCUUUGUCAUAUUCUGCUGCAAGACAAUGGCUACCCGGCAAAGAUCUCGGUAGCAGUUGUCCUGCAAAAUGCAGCGCAACUUGCAUACAGCAAGUUUACUGAGCAACAUGAGUCCAGCGACACUUCUGAAAGCUCAUAUGGCGAGAAAUUUCUGUCAUACGCCGGUGCGCUAAUGCAAGCAUCAAGACCGAACUCCGUCGAUGAAAAAGGAAAUGUAGGGCCUUCUUCCGUCUUUGAGUGGUUCUUCCGAAUGAGUUUUGACAUCGCCAAAAGUACCGAAGACUCCAGAUAUUUUAUCGUAGCAGCCAAUAUCGCAGAACGGAGCGACGAGCUCUAUUGCGAAAAAUCUCCACUUAAGCAGCGAUGUCAGCAAUGUUUACUGGCUGCAGUCAGUUCUGACAUGAAGAAAUUCGAGACAUUGGACAAGAGCCAGCUCUUGGAUCUUCUUAAAGUGAUCGAUCGACUCGGAAGUAUCGAUGUUGCAGAUACAUCUAUCGCGGACGACGUCAUGCGCUACUUGGGGAGGGCGGUAAUUGCGGUGAAAUUGCGGUUGCUCGACGCAAACACAAAAGCGAUUUUUGAUCUCUGCAUGACCACCCAGCACAGUACUCCGGAGCUCAUGGAGAUUGGAGAGCUAGUUUUAUACGCGGCAAAGUUCAACGAGGCGUUUGAGGUUCGAGAUAGCUACCUGUCCCUGGGUCGAGACAUUUUUAAUUACGGACUCCAAAUGCUGGUCCAAGCGGGCUCAAUCGACCCGAGCAAACUGUGCUAUCUGCUUCGACGGCUUGUUACGCUGGCAGAGUCAAAGACAAAGGCAUACGAGUGCUUUGAGCAACUGCUUCAGUUUAUUUACAAUAUGGACGUGGCGAUGCCUGAACUUGACAUGGAGUGGUUCGUCGCGAAAGCGUGGAAUAUCGGUGUGCUUUGCCACCGCGGAAACGAUACCGAAGAUGCUCUCAAGUUUAUGAAAAUUGCUCAGGAUGUAAUGCAACACAGUGAAUCACUCGUUGAAAAGCUAGGUAAUGGGCUCAACUAUCAGUAUCAAGAGCUUCUAAGAAUGAGAACCAGCUCGACAUGCGACGGAAAACGGUAG